AUGCAGAUCUUCGUGAAGACCCUUACGGGUAAGACCAUCACCCUCGAGGUGGAGUCUUCGGACACCAUCGACAACGUCAAGGCCAAGAUCCAGGACAAGGAGGGCAUCCCCCCCGACCAGCAGCGUCUUAUCUUCGCCGGUAAGCAGCUCGAGGACGGCCGCACUCUUUCGGACUACAACAUCCAGAAGGAGUCGACCCUCCACCUGGUGCUCCGCCUGCGUGGUGGUGCCAAGAAGCGCAAGAAGAAGGUCUACUCGACCCCCAAGCGCAUCCCCCACAAGCGCAAGAAGGUCAAGAUGUCCAUCCUCAAGUACUACAAGGUCGACGGCGAUGGCAACAUCAAGCGCCUCCGUCGCGAGUGCCCCUCGCCCGAGUGCGGUGCCGGCAUCUUCAUGUCCUGGCACAAGAACCGUCAGUACUGCGGAAAGUGCAAGCUCACCUUCAUGUUCGAGGAGGGCACCAAGCCCCCUACCGCUUAA